UUUAUAGACGUAAAUUUUAGCUAGAGCACCUUUUUGAGGUAAUUGUCAGUCUUCAACAUAAAGAAAAACUGAUACUGCUGCGGUGAACUGAGUUAAAUGCGCUCUGCUGCCUGCUACUAAUGGGUUACGUUACAGCUUUGGCAGAUAAAAGCUGUCUGGGCAAAAUCUUCUACUUUCUUCUACGUUGUGGCCGUCUUUGUCGAAGCAAACCCGAGGAGGCAGAGCAUCAGCCUGUCUUGAAGGAGAAAAAAGAGAUUAGUUCAGACGACGAAGAGUCUGAGCCCAGCAGUGGAGAUGAUGACGACGAUGACGACGAGGAUGAUGACGACGAGGAUGAUGACGACGACGAUGAUGAUUAGAUAGAUGCAUUUUUCUUGAGUAGCCUUUUCAUUGUUCAUUUAAACAACGUUUUGGGGCUGACCAUGAGAAUAUGAUGCAUUCAGAAAGUUUUGUGACCGCCAGUAAAAGCAAAAACUUUUUCUGAAGAACUCUCCCCGUGCACCUCUGGAAAACUUCCACCAUAGAGGCUACUUUUAGAUCUCCUCCGCUCUGUCAAAGUGUUCACCCAGGUGCAGAAGGAGAGGACCUUGAAGUGUGCAGCGGGCAAAUUGGGUAAAGCUUUUGCUUUUCAUCUGUAGAG